AUGAAUGUGAAUAUGUUCCAGGCUGGGGACAACGUCCUCCAUACCGACAAUGAAGAAUGGGCUAUCAAAAUUCCUGCUGUUGAAGAGCUACCCCUCCCUUCUGAUUUCUUCUGGGGAACAGCUACUGCUGCAUACCAAAUUGAGGGAGCUGCCUCCCAGGAUGGCAAAGGGAAGUCCAUAUGGGAUGUGUUCAGCCACCUCGAGCCCUCGCGUACCAAUGGCGACAGUGGCGAUAUGGCCUGUGAUCACUAUAAUCGCAUGACCGAGGAUGUGAAGUUGAUGGCCUCCUAUGGAGUAGACGUGUAUCGAUUUUCUAUCUCUUGGUCUCGUAUUAUCCCUUUGGGUGGUCAUGAUGACCCGAUCAACGAGGAUGGGAUCACAUUUUACAACAGGCUCAUCGAUUACUUGUUGGAACACAAAAUCGAGCCAUUUGUCACUCUCUACCACUGGGAUGUACCCCAAGAGCUUUCAAAUCGGAUUUUGAAAGAUAUGCUCGACUAUGUUUUCUCUCGCUUUGGCGAUCGUGUCAAGAAGUGGGUUACCUACAACGAGCCAUACAUUAUCUCGAUCUUUGGGCACCACAGUGGAGUUCUUGCCCCAGGCCAUAGUGCUGCCAACGGGCAUGACACGAAGACAGAACCAUGGCGUGUUGGUCAUACUCUCAUUCUUUCUCACGCGGCAGUUGUGAAGAUCUAUGCGACAGAGUUCCAGCCCUCUCAGAACGGCAUUAUAUCGAUAGUGCUCAACGGUCACUUUUACGAGCCGUGGAACGCGGACAGCGUAGUACACAAAGCUGCCGCUCAGCGUAGACUUGAGUUCUACAUUGGCUGGUUUGCUGACCCUAUAUUCUUGGGUGAAGACUACCCCGCCGAAAUGCGCACCCAGCUCGGGUCCCGCUUACCGGAAUUUACCGUUGGAGAGAGGAGUCUUCUCCAAGAGACAGCUCCAAUCAAUGCCUUCUAUGGAAUGAAUCAUUAUUCUACAAAGUUUGCCCGUGCUCUGUCGGACCCGCCAGCCGAGGACGACUGCACCGGAAAUGUGGAAGAAGCAGCCACAAACAGUGAGGGAAAGAUGCUCGGCCCCGUUUCUGGCAUGUCCUGGCUUCGUGUCACCCCUCAUGGGUUUCGAAAACUUAUGAACUGGGUCUGGAAUCGCUAUCACCUUCCCAUCAUCAUCACUGAAAAUGGUUGUCCGUGUCCAGGUGAAAGCCAGAUGACUCUAGAGCAAGCAGUAAACGACGAUUUUCGAGUGCGGUAUUUUGGCCUCUAUUUGGAUGCCAUUUCACAGGCAAUUCACGAGGAUGGUGUUAUAGUACGAGGGUUCUGUGCAUGGAGCCUCAUGGAUAAUUUUGAGUGGUCGGCUGGAUAUGACCCGCGCUAUGGCAUCACGCACAUCGACUAUGAUACACUUGUGAGAACUCCUAAGAAAUCCGCUUUGUACUUGCAACAAUCAUUUGAUGAACGCCGCAAGCGGCGUAGCUUGUUCAAAAGAAUACAGCUUUUGGAGCUUGUGCAUUUUUCGUUACCAUCCAAGUGCUAG